AUGUCUGCUCUGCAAGUCGUCAAACGGUUUCGAAUACGGGAGCUCGGGGCUACUGCUCUACCGAGUCCCGCUCUCGCCAAAACCAAAUCAUAUCCUAGCUCGGCAUCCUCGUCACGCAACAAGGUUCCAGUUGCUAGCAUAGAGAAUCCAUUCAUCCCGAAGCUCAACUCCAAGACAGGCAGAUGGGCACCGCCAAAGUACUCCCUGCGCCAACAGGCUCUGCUUGUCAAGAAAGCUCGCGAAUCUGGCACGCUUGCACUUCUGCCUCCUGGUCCUAAAAUUUCGGUAGUAGAAAUUGCUGCUGCUGCCGCUUCUGGGCAAGCCAUCAUUCCAGGGCCCUCGGCUUUAGUAAAAUCUCAAGUCCAAAACGCUGCCGCACCGUGGACGCGCCCAAUAGAAUGGACAGGUGAAGUAAAGGAGAAGAAAGUUCUUGGUGCGGAAGUUGGGAACAGAUUGUAUGCAGGGAAGAAGCGAAUGUUCAAGGGGCACAAGUGGCAGCGUACUGCAGAGAAGAGGGAGAAACGGAGGGCGUUACUCAUGCGCAGUAUGCCCAAGCGUAUUAAAGAGUUUAAGCAGUAUUACAAGAGGCGACGUCCACACCCUCUCAAACCUCCCCGUACCGCUAAGAAUGCGAAACUUCCGUUCUAG